AUGGAACCUUUCCCUUCCACCGUUGACCGGCCCGCACAUUCCAAGGAUCAAUCCGGACCAUCAGUGCGAAUCAAUGAACUGCCGACAUUAGAUCGAACGCGCAGCGCAGCCACCCCGAGAACUAUCACCCCUCUCCGCCGCGCCAACACGGUAUCACAAGGGAGUUUGAUAAAAAAGAACCUGGAACGCAAGGCCACCCGGGACAGGACCGCAACGACUGGGACCGCGCUAGGAGUGGGUGUAUCAGGGCUGCGGGCCAAGGAUAGUAAUGAGCUAUUGCGAAAGUCACCAUUGCAACGAUCCCAGACGCACCGGGGCCCAUUGGAGGCGCGUCCGGCAGGACGCAAAGCAGGCCAUUUUACCGUUGGAAGUGUUGGACAAAACGGCAAGAUCUUUCUCAGGCCGAUUGCGAACCCACCCCAGAAAGAUCCCCCUAUAGUGCCCUUCUCAUCUAUCGAUCAAGUGACGAUCGAUCGCCUUCAGCCGCAACGAUAUGCUCAGCCCCGAGAUGAUCCGUCACGAUGGUCGAGCUCCCAGCUCUCCGAAUUACGUCCGCGCGAACCGCGAGAAGAUUACGAAUCCGCAAUGUCUGAAGUCGCGCGACCUGAAUCUGCGAAUCGACCCCGCCGUGCGAACUCGUUUUCGACAAUAUCCGAUACUCAUUCAGUGUCCGGCGCGGGCAAACGUGGAGAACUGCGCAUCGUCAUCGAUCGAUCUGAGGACCGGCCUAAAACCGCGAAUGAAAAGUCGCCUGACACGGCGUUGGAGGUUCCUAUUCCUCAUUACCGGCUGGGCUCGCUAUUCAAUAACGAAGGUAGUGCGGCCCUGCAUAGUUCCGUACACACGCGGACGUCAAUGUCCGAUAAUUUUCGAAACUCGACCUUGCUAGGGGGCAUGAUUGAUCCCAUGCCUGGGCGUCAUCCGAGUCCGUAUCGAGAUUCAUACGCGCGCAACCGGGCGUCCUUCGCCGUUUCUAUGUUCUCCGGGGCGGCCGCUAUAGACCUCAGUCGGGCUUCGCCAUUGCCGAGAAAUUCGAUGGUAUACGAGUUGAAGGGGCCGGUUGAACCUUCGAUAUAUGAAACCUUGGUAUUGGACAUGGAUGGUGAAACUGUCGUGCGGUACAUUCCCGGCACCAAAGAUAUCAGCGCAGCCACGCCCGCCCGCAUUGUGGCUCAGAUUUCUUCUGAGUCGUUCAUGGAUUAUGAGCUGGUGUCAGACUUCUUCCUCACCUUUCGCUGUUAUUUGUCGCCCAACCACCUGCUUGCUCUGUUGCUUGCACGACUACAGUGGGCAAUUAACCGCCUUCAGGAGGAUGGUCGAAUUAUUCGGAUUCGCACUUUUGCAGCUCUGCGACACUGGAUCCUGAAUUAUUUCGUUGAUGACUUUGUUACGAACUAUGAUCUGCGGACCCACUUUUGUGAAACCAUUAACAGCCUCUACCAAGAGGUCAAAUCUCGACGAAAUGGUGGUAUGAGUGACCUGAAGAUUCUUAUUGACUUAAAACGAUGCUGGAAUGGCAAAUGUUCGGUUUAUUGGACCGCGUCAGAUUUCUCUCGCGCCUAUAAUGACCCCGACAGCCCAAUCUUGCCUGGAAGCGCCCAAAUGGAGCUACCGAGUGACGAGCCAGUUCAACAGACUGUUCCGCUUCCUGGCAUAGCCGCUCAGACAGACACCAGUUCUCGGAAAAGCUUCCCCGUCUCUACCCAGCAUGAUCGAAAUGACUCGGCUGGGACGGUACACAGUUUACCGUUUUCGACAAAGAGCGAUCAAAGCAUGCUUGCGCUCUCCUGCUCAUUACCUCCAAAGUCUCCAAGACGGAUGUCCGGCCCUUAUUCCAGGAGUAAAGCACCGCGCCCCGUUCCACUGGGCCUCACCAAGUCGGUUACCGCUAACGAAGGACAUCCUGUAUCGCCGAUGCUCUCACGAUACCCAUUCCAUGGCCAUAAGCGAAGUGGCAGCUUCUCCGACUCAGUCCGAGAUCCCAUGUCUGGCGUGGAGGCGGGCUCCACGGCUGCACCGCAGGAGAUAAUGGACCCGGUCAGCUUCAUUCGAGGUGUACUGUACCCACCUGCAGAGUCGUACAUGACAAUGAUGGCCCCGGACUCCCCUCCUUUGCCUUUACCGUCGUCAUCUAGCAAUCCGGACCGCCGGAGUCAACCAGAUGGUGGACCUAAACCAGCUCAAUCAAACUCGGGGGUAAAGACCAUCAUUGGCUCAAUCAGGCGGGCUUUGCACACUAGAAAUGGCGGCCAGAGUGUUUCUGCUCGCAUUGCCAAUGCUUCAGAGAGCCUCACCAUGCCGUAUCGCGGGAAAACAUCUGCAAUGCCACAGCACAUUGCCUUGGGGUCUGACUACUACCGCGAAAGAAAGAUGGCGGCUGUUCCUAAACGACCCACCCGAAUUGAUGUGCUCUGUGAACAGGCUUUAAGGCAAUAUCGGGAGGCCAUGGAUCCCCCGGCCAAACGAGAUAGCCAAGUGCAGCUCAAUGCGCCUGAAUUACAGAUCCCCUGGGAAGAUACUGCCUCAGAAACCCCUGAGGCCAAUUUGGAAACUUCCAAGGAUAAUGCUUCGAAAAUCAAAAGCGGGCUUACUACUGGUAGUGGGUCGAUCGUGAUUGUUGAUGAUACUGGAUUUGAGUUCCCUGCUUCCAUGUCUGGGGCUUUAGGAGAUGAUAUGGCUUCCCGUCUGGGUGAUCCGACACGUUUGAACCCCAGCGACAAGGCCGCGUACUCCAAGUCAUACUUGUCAACAUCGACACAAGGCGCAAGUGAACACACCGUUCCUAUCUAUUUCAAUGGUGAAAUCCCGGAAGUUCCGCAAAAACCGCAUCCGUAUAGCAUUGCUUCAACUCGCAGAUCGUUUUCCAAUGAGCGCCAGACUACUCCCAACAAGAGAGCCUCGCUUUCCCUCCGACUCCGGAAAUAUGCCUCUUUCCAAAGCGGAAUCUCAAGACAGCGGACGUCAAUGGGUAGCGACGCAGGAAAGUCUUUUACGGGCUCGAAUCUCACACAGGAGACAGAUAAGCCAUCUGGACGUGCGCUUCGUAGAAGACCUGGUGGAAACUUGCGAGAAAUGCAAUAUGUGGAUGAUGUUGAACCCGGCUCGGGUCGUGGGAGCGUUGUGUCUACUCGCUCCUACGAUGACUCGUUAGCAGAGACAACGUCUACCACCUCUGAAGCUCCGUCAAGGCCUCCGACUACCCUGAUCCCGCCCAAUCCUCGGUACUCCUUGAUCCAAGCUCGAUCCAACCGGAAUAUGAAACGCUCCUUUGAAGCAGCCAUUGCCCGCUUUGCGCAGAUUCCAGACGACGACGAUGGAGGUGUUGAGUCGACCUUGUUGAAACUGGAGGGCAAGUGGCCCAGCUCACCACCGGCAGAUCAAGAGAUUGGAUUUGAGCGCGUCCUCGCGCCUCGCGCUGAAUAUGGGGUUGAGAAGAGCAAUGUUCCCUGGGAUGUGAUCGCCCGAAGGCGGCAGACGGAUAAAUCGGGCUAUUCUACCGUUGGAGGGCGACUGGCGCCACCCAGGCCGUAUUCAGACUCUGUGGCAGAAUCUGAAGAGUCGUACAACUCGACUCCUCUUCUUGAGCGAGGGUUGACUGAUGAGUCUAUGAAACGACCACCGGCGAAUCGAAGCCAGGCUCGCAGCCAGAUUCUUGAGGUGCAAAUGCCCCCUCUCAGUCUGAUCUCCAGUCGGGAUACAUCUGAACUGGCAUCAUCGCACCCGUCGAUCCAGAUUAUUCACGACACGGAUAGCAUUCGCCGCAUUCCACGAGGCUCAACCCUACCCCUGCCCCUGUCAGGACAAGCCACCCCUAAACGGUUGUCGGCCAUAUCGGUUGAUAUGAUUGACUCGCGCGAGGCCAUGGAAGGCCGCUUUUCCACUGAUACUCGCAGCCUGGCUUCGUCGACUGUGGAGAUCCCGCCUCACCCCCUAGCACACCCACCUUCUCCUCCGAUGACAAUUCAACACCCCGGCUCUAUUACUCCGUGUGUCUCGCCCAUGGAUAAAGUACUGUUUCAGGCUCAACCGCCUACUCCUGAUACUUCUCCCCGGCGUCGGGGUACGGAAACGGCCAACUCACAGCCCAGAGACGUACCUCAAUUUUCAAGUGACGUUCUUUCCAACUCUGAGAAAGACCGCCAAUACGUCAACGAUAAUGGCCCAGACCAUGUUGCCUUCGUCCUUUCCUGUGAGUCUCAGGUGCUUGCACAGCAACUCACAUUGGUCGAAAUGGCUGCGCUGAGCGAGGUUGACUGGCGAGAUCUGGUUGAGAUGCGAUGGAGCAGCGGCUCUCAAUGUAUCUCUAGCUGGGUUCAGUUCCUCACUACCGAAGAACGAAAGGGUAUCGAUUUGGUUGUUGGCCGCUUCAACCUUAUGGUGAAAUGGGUCGUCUCCGAGAUUGUCUUAACUCGUGAAAUUCAAGAGCGAGCCCGCACAAUCAUUAAGUUUAUCCAUACGGCUGCUCAUGCGCGACGCAUGUGCAACUAUGCGACUAUGUUGCAGAUUGCCAUUGCCCUGUCUUCCUCGGACUGUUCCCGACUACAGAAGACAUGGCAAUUGGUUCCUUUGGAAGAUAAGCGACUGUUCAAGGACAUGGAAUGCUUGAUCCAGCCUGUUCGCAACUUCAAUGACCUCCGUGUGGAGAUGGAGACAGCCAAUCUGCAAGAAGGCUGUAUCCCUUUCAUCGGUCUCUAUGUACAUGACCUUACUUAUAAUGCCCAAAAGCCAGCCCAGAUCCCUCGAGGUGAGGGAGGUUUAUUGGUUAACUUUGAACGAUACCGCACCGCUGCUCGUAUUGUCAAGAGCCUGCUGCGACUGAUCGACGCCAGCACCAAGUACCGCUUCGAGCCCGUCCAGGGUAUCAUCGAACGGUGCCUCUGGGUUGCAUGCCUCUCCGAAGAUGAGAUUCAAUUUCGCAGCAAACAGCUUGAAUGAUCUCACCGGCGUGGCUUGUUUUAUUUUCUAAUGAUUGG